AUGGAAACGACAGAGUUAAACCCUCAGUCAAAAUCAACAGAAAUUUAUCCCAAAGAAUUAACUGAACUCAUUCGUCCAUUUUCUUCCGACACCUCAUCACAUCGUAUUGCCAAAUUAGUGGAACCCUUUGAUGCGGAAGAACAUAAUUUGCGAGAUAUUUAUAUUAUUAGUUGUCAAGAACAUCGGGUACAGCCUAAUAAGCAAAUUCUUCGUCAAUUAUCACCUGUUAUUGGUAAGGAAUGGCUUAAAAAGGUUAGAGUACUUGAUUUUUCUCUAGUUUACUUGGGAUCUGAUGGAUGCUCUGCACUAAUUCCUGUUAUUGCGUUUUCUUCAUCUCUUACACAUUUAAUUAUGCCUUCCGUUGGGUUAAUAGGGGAAUCUGCACGAUCACUUUUUGCCCUUGCGCAAGUUCACCCUUCACUAACUUGGAUAGAUGUUUCUGGGAAUCAUUUAGAUGAUAAUGUAGGGCGAUGUAUCUUAAACACCGUUUUGGAAAAUCAUCAUAUUCAUUUUCUGAUAUUGCAUGAUACUGGUAUUAGUUUUCCUAUUAUUCGAAAAAUUGAACAUCAUUUGGAGUCUAGAGGCAAAGGUCAUAACUCAGAGCAUAAUCAAUUUUCUCAAACACUUGAGUUGGGAAGAUUUUCAUCUUUAGAAAAUAGUUUUUCCACAACAUGUGCUCUUUCAACAGUUAGUACGCGAACACGUCGUCUUCCACGUUUUGUUGCUACAGGUUUAGUGGAACUUCGACAUCGAUUGUAUCAAAACCGAUAUUGUUUAGAUUAUGUGUAUCAGUGUUUUAUUCUUCCUCCAAGUAAAGAUGAUGAUAAUGAUAAUGAUAAUAAUAAUAAUAAUAAUAAUAAUAAUAAUCUGGAAGCCCUUAUGGACUUUAGGAAAAUAAAUGAUCAAUGGGAUACUGUUUCUAUAUCUACUAUGCAAAGUGGACGGUGUUCAUGGCGAGCCUUUUUUCGAGGUCUUCGUCUUCUUGGAAUUCAUGCGGUUUCUCAUUCACUCACAGAGAGUGUGAUAUUUGCGACCUCUUGUGGUAUAUGUAAUUUAGAGACUAUUUCUUUUGGUAAACUAUUAAGUUUUCUAAGACCACAUGUGGCCAUUAAGGAAGUAUUAUCAAGAAAAUCAUCAGCUUCUAUGCGUACUUCUUUUUCUUGUCUCCCAAAUGUAUACUCAUCUUCAUCUGUGAGAACAAAACGUGGUGAACAUCUUCCAUCAAUUGUUUCUAAACCAUCUCCUACUAUCACACCAUUGAGAUUGAUGAAAUGCACUAAAAAUACAAUUGGUCUUGUUAAUUCUAGGGAAUAUAAUAUAAUGAAUAAAGAAAAUGUUUCUAAAAAUCUGGAUGGUCUCUUAAAAGGAAAUCAAUCUUCUAGGAGAGUUUCUUUUUCUUGCACCUCAGUGGAUUUGAGUUUAGGACUUUCACAUUCUAUUAAAAGUCUCCCAUCGUCAACUAAAACAUUAGAAGAACGAUUUGAACUGGAUCGUUUUUUCACUUCACGAAGUGUACAAUAUGUGGUAGAUCGGUUAUUUGAUGCACAAAAUGCUCUUAGAGAGUAUUUUCAGCCAUCCGAUAAACUUGAAACUACUACACCGCAAUUAAUACCUCUCGAUGAAGUACUGCGGAGUGCAUUGUUUUUUGUAGGGGAAGAUCAUUAUGAAAUUGUCAAAACUUUCCUAGAACCAUGGAUAGUCAAUAUAGACGGUUGUAUACAGGUAGAUACAGAAGGAUGGCUUGGCUCCAUGUAUAUUCCAGACUCAAAAAGUCCAAAUGGGAUACCAUUUUCAUUGUCUGAAGAAAAAUGCAUGUGGAAGACUGUUGAAGUAGAUGCCUUGAUAUGCGCUAUCAAUCAGUGGUAA